AUGGCAAUAAAUUCUCAAUUUUGUAUUUAUUGGCGCGCAAUAAUUAUGAGCGAGCCAAUUAGUCAAUUAGCCUAUAAUUAUAUUAAAGUCACAGUCCCAGUAACAAGUAUUUGUGCCCCAAUUGGAAGUUUUCUCGGUUCACAUUUCCACAGACAGGCUUGA